UCAAGCCCUAAAAACAAAAAACAAAAAAAACCAAAAAAACAAAAAUUUGCACAGUGGAAAAAAUUGGAAGCUAAUGAAAUUGAGAAAUGUGAAGUAGUGAAUUUGCUUCAUCUGAUUUUCACAGAACAGGAGUGCAAGAAUGUCGUCGCAACAACCUCAAGAUCUUCCUCAGAUUACCGACACACAAAACAGUUUUGAUGGGAAUUAUGAAAGGACUACAGAGGUAGGGUGGUAUAUUCUUGGUGAAGAUCAGCAACAUAUUGGCCCUUAUACUUUCUCUGAAUUAUGUGAGCAUUUUCUCAGUGGGUACCUCUCUGGAAGUACGCUGAUUUGGUCUGAAGGACGGACCGAUUGGCAGCCACUGGCCUCGAUUCCUGAGUUGAUGACUCAAAUCUCUCAACAGGUCCCCUCCAACAAUGAUGAUGAGUUUGAAAAAUGGCAAAAGGAAGUGAGUGAGGCAGAGGCAGAAGCAGAGGCGGAGGUGGAGGUGUUGAAGCAUGACCCUACCGCUAGCAAUGAUGAUACUGAUAGGCCUUCAACGCCACCAGAGGGUGAGGAAGAAUUCACUGAUGAUGACGGAACCACAUACAAGUGGGAUCGGGGUAUUAGAGCUUGGGUUCCUCAGGAUAAUACAUUAACAAAUAGUGGGGAAUACGGGUUAGAAGAGAUGACUUUCUUGCAACAAGAGGAAGUCUUUCCAAUAGUGCAGGAUGUUGAUGCCUCCUUAAAGGAAGAAAUCAAUGAUACCAGUGAAGCAGUGGAAACCAAGCGCGAUGCCAAGAGAAAGUUGCCUGACCAACCCGCUGAGAAAAAGGAAGCAAAUAAACCUCCUGAUAGUUGGUUUGAAUUAAAAGUAAAUACACACGUUUAUGUUAAUGGGCUGCCAGAUGAUGUUACUUUUGAUGAGGUUGUGGAAGUCUUUUCCAAAUGUGGGAUAAUAAAGGAGGACCCUGAAACCAAAAAGCCUCGUGUGAAGAUCUAUGUUGACAAAGAGACAGGAAGAAAGAAGGGGGAUGCACUUGUUUCUUAUCUGAAGGAACCUUCAGUUGAUCUAGCGAUUCAAAUUUUGGACGGGGCACCUUUUCGGCCAGGUGGAAAAAUUCCUAUGUCAGUUAGCCGAGCUAAAUUUGAGCAGAAAGGGGAUAAAUUCAUAGCAAAACAAACAGACAAGAGAAAGAAGAAGAAACUUCAAAAGGUUGAACAAAAGAUGCUUGGCUGGGGUGGCCGUGAUGAUGCAAAGGUCUUGAUUUCAGCUACUGUUGUUCUUCGUUAUAUGUUCACUCCUACAGAAAUGAGGUCUGAUGAGAAUCUUCGUUCUAAUUUAGAGGCUGAUGUUGAAGAGGAAUGUGUGAAGCUUGGACCGGUAGAAUCAAUAAAGGUGUGCGAGAAUCACCCGCAGGGUGUUGUUUUAGUUAAAUUUAAGGAUAGCAAAGAUGCCCACAAGUGCAUAGAGUUGAUGAAUGGAAGAUGGUUUGGUGGUAGGCAGAUACAUGCCAGCAUAGAUGAUGGAUCUGUCAACCACGCUGCGGUCCGGGAUUUGGGCGCUGACGCUGAACGAUUGGAACAGUUUGGAGCUGAACUAGAAGCCGAUUGAGUUGAAUUUUAGAUUCGAAUUCUAGGCGUAUAUCACCGAUCUUAAAUCCCCUUUUGUAUAAGUACAAAUGAGAGGACCCUAUAAAUAACUGAUGCUGAUGCUGUAACUCUAGUACUUUCGCAUGAACAGACUGCUAAUGUGCAAUUUUGGAAAUUUCCAAUUUUAUUAUUUCUCAGUUUUACAUGUAAAUUAUCUGGAAAGUUGUUUAUUGGACUGCACUUGUAAUUCAGGAAGUCAUUUUUAUUUUGUCUUUGAGAUUCUAACAA